UAGAGAUCCGCCAGGUGCUGUCGACUGCGCCCUGCCCCCCUCCCCAUCAUGGCGCGACUUGUAUUGUUCGCCUUCCUGACCGUCGUCCUAACGUUAUCCCGAGGAGACGAUCGGCCCAACUUCGUCUUUUUCGUGGCCGACGAUUUGGGAAUCGGUGAUGUCGGCUGCUUCGGAAACGAUACGAUCCGAACUCCAAAUAUCGACAGUAUCGCUGCUAAGGGAGCCAAGUUGACCCAGCACCUGGCUGCCGCACCUGUCUGUACCCCCAGCAGAGCUGCCUUCCUCACCGGACGAUACCCUAUCAGAUAUGGGAUGGCUGGAAGGGACUUACCGAUGGCUUUUGUACAGCUGGCCAUCCCAUCCGGUUUACCGAGGUCAGAGGUCACAUUGCCCCAACUGGCAAAGGAUCAUGGGUACCAAACAGCAUUACUGGGAAAAUGGCAUCUUGGUCUAAACUGCGCAUGGGCAGGAGACCACUGCCACCACCCCAGUGAUUUCGGUUUCGACUACUUUUACGGACUUCCCCUUAGCAACGGCCUAGACUGUGAUCCAGAGGCAAAACAAACGAUUGGACAGUAUAUUGCCCGGCUUCUUUACCGUCACCUGCGGUUGUGGGAGAUAUCGACGUCUAUUUUUGUUGUCAUCUUGGCUCUCAAGUACUUCAAGUACAUUCAAUGGAAAACGUUGUUUCUUUUGUCCACAUUUGGUUGGUCACUUGUGGCCUGUCCUUACGUAGCCCUGACCAAUGGGAGACGCCUAAACUGCGUGAUGAUGAGAGAUGAUGACAUCAUAGAAAUGCCAUUCAACAUCUCCACCAUCACUCCAAGAAUGACACUAGAAGCCGUUAGAUUCCUCCAAGAAAGCAAAACCAAAAACGAACCCUUCUUAUUGGAGGUCUCCUACUGGAACGUGCACACUGCCCUUGUUCCUUAUAAGGAAUUCCGCGGGAAAAGUCGACACGGUCUCUAUGGCGACAGCGUGGAGGAGAUGGACUGGAGUAUCGGGGUUGUCAUGGCAACGUUAGAACGGCUCGGUCUGACGGACAACACGUUUGUGUACUUCACGUCUGACAACGGCGGCCAUAUUGAAACUGGGGAAGAAGGAGGGUCGAACGGCAUAUAUAAGGGAGGCAAAGGCCAAGGAGGCUCUGAAGGGGGAAUCCGUAUGCCUACAGUUGUGCAGUGGCCCAGGAAGAUCAAGCCCGGUACUGUAGUAACAGAGGCCACCAGCCAGAUGGACAUUUUCCCCACGGUAGCAGACAUCCUCAAGGCCCCACUUCCCCAGGACAGGGUGAUGGACGGGCGGAACAUCUUGCCGUUGCUAGGCGGGGCCCUGGUGACGUCACCUCAUGAAUUCCUGUUCCACUACUGUGGGGGACAUCUACACGCUGUUAGGUACAUGCCAAGGGAAGGAAAUGUUACGUGGAAAGCCCACUUUGUUUCCUACAACUGGGACCCCGGUACUACAGGCUGCUUCUCCCUGCGCAUCUGCCGGUGCGCAGGUCAAGAGGUCACCUACAAUGAUCCGCCAUUGCUGUAUGACGUCACUAGCGAUCCCACUGAAGACCGACUAAUCAGCGUCGGCUCUGACCCUAGAUACCCAAUAGUCAUCGACGUCAUCAAAAAGGCCGUGGAAGAGCAUGUAGACUCUCUGACUGAAGUUGAAAAUCAGUUCGGGGUGUCAAAUUUCAUCCCUCGUCCCUGGUUACAGGAAUGUUGUAACUUUCCUUUCUGCGAUUGUCAGGAGAAUGUCAAUUUGUCUUCUCUUCGAAUCAACGGCUAAUCAUAAACCAUUUGUAAGUUAUGGUUUAAAAGCUAGGCGUUUCGGAAUGUCGGAAAAUCAGCACAAUCAAAGACAAAGGUUGUGCCUCCGGUUAGAAUAAAUAGGUUCGCGAUUUUAAGUACGUAGACGCAGAGAAAUACAGUUGCAUAAAUGUCCAUACAUACUUUACUAUUGUAUACGGGACAUUCGCCUUUGGCAUACUAUCCACAAAUGGUUUCGCUGCACAUAUUUUCUCUGUACGUUAUCUAUUUAUCUAUAUUGAUUAAUCUUUCUUUAUAUACAUACAAUCAAAGAUAUUAUAAUACUUGAUAUAAUAGUAUACAUUAUUGGUUUCUAAUACAUCUACGAAUUUGUGAACUGUAUUGUUAGUUCCAACGAAAAAAUACCUAUGUUUUCGUCACCGGUUUGUUCAUCGCCAGAGAACAUGUUUUUUUUUUUCAAUCAAGUACAAACGGAGCCUGUAUAUAUCAUCAUUACAGAU